UCAGAUUUGGGGAUUUAUAACUUGUUAUCUCAUUUUAUUCUCUGCUCUUCUUAUUCAUGUGUUGCGCUAAUAUAUCAACUCAUUCAUUUUUUUUUUCUGUACAUAAUCGGAAAUUGAUUUAUUGUUUAUUGUAUUUUAAUUGAUAUAUGAUUCUGAUUUUUAUUUUUUUUGUAACCCUAAUUGAGUAGCAUGUCUUGUAGAAAUUGUGAGUUCGAAAACGUUUCGUGAUUUUGGGUAUUUCAGAUUUGGGGACGGAGUGGUUUUUCUGUACAGAAUUGUAUCUUAUUACACUUUAAUCGAAGCGUAUUUUUCAUAACGUGUUGUGAAUUUUACUUGAUUCAGUUACUCAAUGGAUUUGCCCUCUGCAUCAUCUCAAGGGGGUGACGAGUUUGUUGGUUCAAAACGUGUUAUCAAGAAAGUUGAACUGGUUCGAGUUAUAACCGAGGUGUUGUAUUCGCUCGGCUAUGAUACGGUGGGGAAGUCUCUAGAGAGAGAAUCGGGAAUACAUUUGCAUGCCGAACGAGUGCAUUUGUUGAUUGAGCAAAUUAUUGCUGGUAAAUGGAAUGAAAGUCUUGCUACAGUGCGUGAUAUCGGUAAAUCUGUUGACAAGAUAUCUUUGCUUAUAUUGAAGUACAAGUUUUCUGAACUGAUAUCCGAAGGCGAACUCGAAAGGGCUUUGAAGACUCUCCAGAAAGAAAUCUCUCCACUUUCUAACAGUGAUGAGAUCGUGCGUGAGGCCUCUAGUUUGAUUAUAUUUCCACCGCAGAAUUUACUUGGUCAAGAACCGAACCCCAGAUCUCGUACGGAAGUAUUAAAGGAAUUACGAAAGUUGUUUCCCCCAGAAGUGAUGGUUCCAGAUAAAAGAUUGGUUGAUCUUGUCGAACAGGCUAUCGAAUUUCAAAAGGGUGCUUGUAAGUAUCACAACUCCUUCGUUAGGGAAGUGUCAUUGAUCACUAAUCAUCAGUGUGGAAGAAAUGAGGUUCCUUCGAUAAUUCUCAAGAAAUUAUAUGGACUAUGGUCUCAAAUCAAGUUGUUGAAAUUUUCUCACGAUGGGGAAUACUUGGCCGCAGUAUCACCGACCGAUCCUUAUGUGAAUAUAUGGAAGGUUGAAGCGAUUGACUCAUUAAAGUGGAAGGGUGAUUUAUUCGAUCGCCAAGCACCCGUCACCAAUAUUACAUGGAGCCCUGAUAAUACACAACUUCUGACCUGCGGUUCACAUGAGGCUGUUAGACGUUGGAGUAUUCCUUCUUGCGGUUGUCUCCACACGUAUAAAAAAACGGGUGUCGGUAUGGUCUCGUGUGAGUGGGCCCCAGAUGGGCAGAGUAUAUUCACUGGUGGUAACGACGACAGUAUUGUCAUGUGGAGUCUUGAAGGCCGAGAGAUAGGAUGCUGGAAAGGGGAUAAAACCACGUUGGAGGCUGACAUGGCGAUCACUGGUGACGGGAGAGAGGUAAUAACUACCUGUAAUCAAGAUAGGAUACUGUUGUUUAAUUGGAAGCGGGGUACCUCGAGAUUCAUAACGGAAAUGGGACGUACUAUAAUCUCGUUUUGUUUAUCGGAAGACAGUAAGUAUUUGCUACUGAGCCUAUUGAAUCAAGAACUACAUCUCUGGAGCAUUGAAGUUCCUCCGAAGCUGGUGAAGGUGUACAAAGCCCAUAGGCCUCCUUCUUAUUCAGUGAGGGCUUGUUUUGGUGGGCCCAGACAAAUGUUAAUUGUCUGUGGAAGUGUAGACUCCCAGGUGUACAUAUGGGAUAGGGAAACGGAAGGGCUGAUAGGCACGUUGGCUGGUCAUACGAAAAGAGUGAACUGUGUGAGCUGCCAUCCGGUUGAUCCGUAUAUGUUGGCUUCUGGAAGUGAUGACAAUACCAUACGUAUUUGGGGAAACACAAAUGGUGAUGAAGAGUUUCGACCGAAUUAAUCAAACAUGUAAAAAAGAAAAAGAAAAAGAAAAAACGAGGAAUCGCUUUUACUUAGUAUAUAAUCAAUCAAACAUGUAAAAAAAGAACACAUCUAUCUACUUUGUUGUUCUCUUCAUAGCAUUGGCGGUUGUUGUUUCAUUCAUAGAUAGGUGCAUGGUUUAAACUGUAAACAAUUUUCUUGGUUUAAACUUGUUAGUAAGCAGUGGCAAAUUCGAGAUUUUACUCAUUUUCAUUUUGAUAUAUGUCUUUUUUUUUUUUUUCUUGCUUUGGUUCUUUGUUGUUUUUGGCGAGUUUUUUUACUCAUUUUGAUUACUCAAAAUUGAAUUAAAUUUUUAAUUAUAGAUAUAUUUACAUAAACUAUAAAAAU